AAAAAAAAAAUAAUAAUAAUAAUGAAAAACAUGGAAUAAAUAACCUUUUUUUUUGUUCAUAUUACAAAGAUUAUUUGAAAUAAUGGGAAAAAAAGAUAGAAAAGAAAACGAUGACUUUAAUAUUCUCGAGGAAUUACCUUCACUUAAUGUAGAUGAAGAAGAGAAAGCACGUUUAGAUGCUAAGGCUGAAAAAAAGAAACUUAAAAAAAAGGAAAUGACUGAAGAAGAAAAGGAGGAACAACGUAGAAUUAAUAGAGAAAAUCGAAAAAAGAAAAAACUUCAAAAGGAAAUAAAUAAAAAAAGAAAGAGAGGAGAACUACAAGAAGAAGAAGAAGAAGAAAAUACUGAAACAGAACAAACAAAAGAUGAAAAUGAAAAAGAUGAUAAAGUUAUUAAAAAGCCCAAGGUUGAAAAGAAAAAGAAAGAGAUGGAAUAUGGUAUUUGGGUUGGUAAUCUUUCUUAUGCCACAACAGUAGAUACAAUAAAAAGUUUCUUUAAAGAAUGCGGUGAGAUAACUCGUAUCAAGUGUCCAAAGGGAAAUGGAGUUAAAAAUAAUAAUAAAGGUUUUGCUUAUGUCUUCUUCUCCACUCCAGAAGCAGCAGCAAAAGGUGUCUCCCUGUCAGAACAAAAAUUAGAAGGUCGUUCACUUUUAAUUAAAGACGCAGAUAACUUUGAACGUGCAGAUGGUACAAAACCACCAACAGCAGCUGAAAAGAAAGAGAUUAAGAAACAAAAGAAUCCACCUUGUCCAACUCUUUUUUUGGGUAAUUUAAGUUUUGAUACAACAGAACAAUCUAUUCGUGAACGCUUUGAAUGGGCAGGUGAUAUUCGUAAAGUACGUGUUGCUACCUUUGAAGAUUCUGGUAAAUGUAAAGGUUUUGCCUAUGUUGAUUAUCAUACAGUUGAAUCAGCUACAAAGGCUAUUCGUGCUCCUGAUAAACAUACCUUGGAUGGACGUAAGGUGAGAGUAGAAUUUGCUAGUGAGGAAGCACACAUGAGAUCCAAGCCUUGGUUAAUGCGUGAAAAGAAACAAAAGCAACCCAGUCAACAAGAUAACACGAAUACAAGUGAAGUGCAAGAAGAAGAAGAAAAAGAAGAAGAACGACCUAGAAGAAAGAGAGUAAAUCACGAAGAUAGAAAAUUUAAUAACAAGAAACCAGCUCAUACACAACAUCAAGGAAGAGUGAAAUCUGGAGAGGCUUUAUCUCAAGCUCAAAGACAAAAACCCACUGUACAAGAAUUUAAAGGCACUAAAAUUGUCUUUGAUUAAUUAUCUUUUUUUUUUUUAUUAUAGACCAGAUAAAUAUCCUAAUAAUAAUAUAAUCUCUCUUUU